AUGCCUGACAAGCUCAUCAACAAGGCUCCGAGUGAACUCCAUCCCCACAACGCAGGAAUGAUUGCCCCUGCUUUGCGCCGAUACACGGUGCACCCACAAGAAAUGCGGAAUAAAAUUCCCCUGUGGCGCAUUUGCUUCGGCAGACAGCCGCCGAGAGCACCGGGCGUCUAUAACCACAGGAAGAAGGCAGCUAUCAUUGCGUCAUUCGUAUUCACCACUAUCCUCGCAAACAUCGGCUUCCAGAUUCACUUGCUGCUUCAUACAGGCACUCAAGUAACUGUACCACAAAUCCAGACCCGGCAACUGACGAGCUCGGCACCCGGCUUGAACAUGACCAAGGCAUCAGUCCUGCUCAAUCUGUCAAAGGUGCCUCUGGUCGCGCCCAAGGUGUCAGAGGUGCCUCCGGUUCCGUCCAAGGUGUCAGAGGUACCUCCGAGAGAUAUCUUUCCGAAACAACCAUUAUCCGAAGGGGAUUGGGUGUCAACAUGUAUGAGUCCGGUGACAAAGGCGAAGGUCUUCCUGUACUCUGCAUAUUCCGAGGACCGGCUGUCUCGACCCGCGGUACUGGUCAUCGGUGCCUACGCGACCAAGAGCGGCACUGCGCUGUCUUACUGGCUGCAGUUCUCCAAUGGCAAUAUCACAGUAGGUAAGGCCGAAAAGCGUUCCAGCAGCGAACACUGGAACCUCAAAUACACAGCGACUUUUUUCACAUGUUUCUACACCAAGAGCGACAACCAUAGUAGACCAGUUCGUAUCCGCCUCAAAGAGACGAGUCAAUCUUGUUGGAGCCCGGCCAUAUCUGUGAGGACCCGAGGUCGUGUUCCUGGACACCCCAAGGGAAAAUUCGCCGUUUGCGUCAAGCCGCUGCACUACAGCUACGACCGGGCGCUGUGGUUCGCUGAGUUCAUAGAAUUUCAUCGGAUGCUCGGUGUGGAACAUUUCUUCUUCUACAACCACUCAAUAGGUCCCAACGUGGAACGACUAAUUGGACUGUACACUGCGCGUGGUCUGGCCACGGUGUUACCCUGGACCUUGGAGAUACGGUCACAAAAGGAGAUUCGGACCGAGGGCAUCUUCGCAUCCCUCAACGACUGCGUGUACCGCUGCCAGCACCACUUCGACCAUGUCCUUAACCUGGACCUUGACGAGUUCGUGGUGCCUCGUGGGGAAGACUCCCUGGCCGACUUGGUGGCCAAGAUUCGCCUGAAAAACACCGGGGCAAAGGCGCUGGUGGUGCGCAACGCCUUUUUCUACCUGUACUGGAACAAUGACACCCGUGCGUACGGCGCGCUGCCCGAAGAGGCGUCGCCCCGGCAGCUGCCGUACCUGCUCACCCAGUACAAGACCAGGCGCAGCUGGAGGAUCUUUUUGCCCGGCAUGAGGUCCAAGUAUAUCGUGGACCCGAUGAGCGCCAUCGAGGUGGGCAAUCACCGCAUCUGGAGGUUUGACGGACCAAAGACGACGUACAACGUGCCCGAGAGCGACGCCCUGCUGCACCACUACCGCAUCUGCGAGUACGGCGGCUUCCACUGCGUCCUGCAGCCGUCGGUGCUGGACUACACGGCGCUGCGCUUCAACGCCACCCUGCUGCGUCUUGUGAACGCCGUCUGCGCCGAUGCCUUCCCAGGCGCCGGACGCUGCCCGAAAGCGCCGCCCCUCGGCGACCCCUGGUAG